AUGCAAAACUCGCUUUUCAGCGCUGCUAGUAUUGCUGAUAUCGAUAGUGACCCGAAAAAGAAACGUCGAGCCGAAAGCAACUGGCAAGAUUCGAUCGAAGCGAUGACCGAUCUGAUGGCCGAAGUCGAGCGAACAGUAACAACAUCCACCAAGGUCUUUGCUGAUAUGCGUAUCAAACGCGAGCAAUUGUCCGCCAAUAAAGCGAAUCUAUUGGAUAAACAAAAAUCUUUACUUUCAGCCAUGCACAAGCUCACUCUCGAGCAAGAGCGUCUAAGAAAUGCAAAGUCAGAUCAAUCUGAUAAUUCAAAAUACACGGAAAAUCAAACGAUCGAAAAGAUUGAAAUUGAAAAAAAGAACUACUACAGCACGAUCUGUACGGAACAUGGCAAGGUGCAAGUGUGCCACGAACAUUGUGGUCUUGGUUAUAAGCCUGAGCUCAACUUUGCACAUUUUAAAAAUUGUGCAGCUGCCGAUAGCACUGGAAACAACUGUCGUACAUGUCACUGUGGUAUGAAUCAGCAUUUACAUACCUACGAGAUUCCAGUUUCGCGCAUGGUCACAAUUGAGCAGAUCGUCCAGUCCAAGAAGGCGGCCUAUGAUCUAGCUUCGCGGCAAGUAAGUACAAGUCAACUGCAAUUGCUUCAACUAAAUGCUACUUACACUGCGCUGCAAAAUGACGCCAACGGAUGUAAAGAUGGCAUUCUCAGUUCUAUCAAAGAGCUGAAACAGAUUUGCUCUCAUUACAAUUUUGUCGAAGAAAUGGCAACCACCAUACAAAAGUUAAGACAGGAAGCAAAGAUAGCCCAGGAUCUGAAAGCUAAGACCGAAUUCAACAAUACGGCAGAAGCUAUUGAAAAUCUUAUCAAGCAAGUGGCAUAG